AUGGUACAUAGUGACAAGCAAGAUCCACCACUGACUGGGGCACCAAAGUCCACGGACCCAAACAACCAAGUGUUUGCCCUCAUCCGGAGUAUGGGAACUGCCGGUUCGCUCGAGGAGCUUGCCGCACGUCGCAAAAACAUCCACAUCGUCGUCACAGACAUCUCGGAUCCAACCAAGUUGGAUGAGGCCGCCGCCAAAGUGUCCAAAGUCACGGCUGGUUCGCUUGAUGUCUUGAUCCUCAACGCCGGCUCCGCAGGACCAGACACGGCUGUGCUACCGCCGUCUGCUUUGUGA